AUGGAAGCUCUCGAAAAAAACUUCGCUCAGCGCGCAAGCUGCAGAACGCUCCAAUCACAAAACAUGCUCAGCACAGCAUGCAUAAGGUUUGACGCUGCACAGGCAGUGAGAUGGCCCGGGUAUUGGGCGAGACCGAGCGCCAAUGGCACGUUCACGUCCGCCGGUCGAUACAACCGUGCGAAUGUGUCAUAUGAUAUCGCAGUCAUCGACUGGCCGCUCCACACGGUGAGAUAUGGUUGCAUCGCCAAGCCUUCAAAUUUUAUGGGGUUCAAAACUACCCGGGGUGUGAAAGCCACCCGAGAAGCUGGCGUCAAAACGUUCAACUAUCACUUGGCGAAGGCAUCCGACGUCACUGUGGUAGCGCCAAGCAUCACAGGCGUUACUAAGCUUGAUUUGGACGUCAAAUGUGGCCAAGUGUUGCACUGA